AUGCCUCGCCGUCAAGCUGCCUCAGCCGCUGUCGCCAGCGACGAGCCCCAGCAGCGACUUGGUCCUCUUACGAAGAUCCUCAAUGACCACGACUUUGCAGAUGUCUUCCAUGGUGAGACUUCUUCCAAGUUCGGCCGCAAGAUGACCAGCGCCCCCCACGGAGAUGCAGAUGGUGAUGCCGACAUGGUUGGCGAUGAUGGCCGCAACGGUCAUGCAGCAGUCAUAAACGGAACCACCAACGGAACUCCUGCUGGUUCCCGACUGCCUCGCAAGGGAAGCUUCGAUUUCGAGAACACGCCCGUUGACCUGAAUGAGCUCAUGUUGCGCCAGCUGAAGGAGGAUCGUGAUGGUCUGCGCUACGAUGUAGAGUGGACUCGUCAUCAGGUCGGCAUGGUUAACAUCACGCCCGCCGAGUCUCGAAGCUACCAGUUGCGGCUCUUGGAUCUUGGACACCAGCUCCGCCAGGUCAAUCACCGCAUCCACAUGCGAGAGGCCGAGAUGCACAACGCUUACCGCUUUGGUCCUGCUCCUGCGCCUUACGGCCACCAGAUGUACACGCCCAAUCCUGCUCAGCAAGUCUCAUUCAUGAAUGCGGAGCCUCCUCAGGAGCGUCGUGGCCCAGGCCGUCCCCUCGGAUCCAAGAACCGCGCUCGGGAAUCUCUGGCACCGGCUUCCACUCCCGGCUCUCAGCCUCCUCCCAACAGCGCCCAGAAGGCUGCUGCUUUGGCGAGCGCCGGCGCUAAGCGCAUACUGCCCUCCGAGAUCACUGUGGCCACCCCGAGCGGAGACGAGGGCGAGUCUCGUCCCUUGGCCAAGCGCCCACGUGUUGAGGUUGGUUCACCGCUGGGUAGCCCCGCGGAGGAGGACAACAAAGUUACGGGCGAUGCCACCACGGUCGAUGUCGCUCACAGCGGCGAUACCACUAAUGAGGAUACCACCGUGGAGAACGUCGUAGCCGACGCAGCAACCCCGAAAAUCAAGGCAGCGACGGGAUCCGUCCUCGCCGCUCCUACUCCAUCGACCCCCAUCGUCCCAUCCAUCUCUGCCAACCCCAGCGGUGCGCACGUCGGCCCCAACGCCGUGGCCCAGGGCACCACGCCGGGAGGCGGCGCGGACGAGACCGGGCCGGGCGGCAGCGCAUACCAGCGCCUAGGCCACUGGAUGUGCACGCUGUGCACGUCGCAGAAGUACCUGCAGCACCCGGCACCCAAGCAGCCGUCGGAGCCGUCGUCCUGGCCCCUGCGCGACGUCAGCAAGAUAGUUACGCACUACACGCGCAUGCACGGGGAGCACAACCGUAUGGAGCGCUGCAUGGAGCUCGGCACCGCCCUGCAGGCCAACCUCGGGCCCUUCCGCUACUGGAUCCAGGAGACCAAGCGCGAGAAGAUCCCCCUCGAGGACGUCCGCGAGGCCCUCGCCACCCUGCAGCGCGGCCAGCUGCCCGACCUCCUCCGCCGCUUCUCGACCGCCGCUAGGGCGUUUCCUAACUAG